CAAACAAUAUGGCAACUCUGUUACUCCCCCCUUCUCCUUGUCUUCCCUCUGCUUCUUUCUUGAAGAACAAUGGAGAACCAAGAAGUUGCUGCUGUGCCUCAGUUCAACAAUCCAAGCGUAACACUAACUUGAAAGGUUUCAGAGUCCGAGCCCUCAAAGAGAAAACGGAGAAAAUCGAAAACCCAUCUUCAUCUUCUUCGUCUUCAGCUGAGGAAAUCACCAAGAAGUAUGGUCUUGAAGCUGGUCUGUGGAAGAUAUUCAGUUCAAAAGAGGAAGGAAAGGAAUAUGAAGAGAAGAAGUCAAAGGGUGAUGAAGCCAAGGAAUUGCUAGCUAAAUAUGGAGGGGCUUACCUGGCCACCUCAAUCACUCUAUCCAUUAUAUCGUUUUCGUUAUGUUAUGUGCUAAUCAGCGCCGGUGUUGAUGUUCAGGCUUUGCUGCAGAAGGUUGGAAUCUCAAGUAAUGAGGCGGGAGAGAAAGUGGGGACUUUUGCUUUGGCAUAUGCUGCACACAAGGCUGCAUCUCCAAUUAGGUUUCCUCCAACUGUGGCUCUCACUCCGGUGGUCGCCAGUUGGAUCGGAAAGAUAGUCGGAAAAGAGAAAUAA